UCGUCUCCUCCCGCGUGCUGACGGACGUCUCCGGCGUCAAAUCCCGGCUCGAGGUUGCCCUAGCAACUCAACCGAUGGACCAAUGAGACGGAGACCUCCCCCCUUCCCCCUCCCUCUCCACUCCUCACCCCUCCAUCCUCAUCGCGACACCACCUCCGCUGGAGCAGGGAGGGGGAGGGAAGCGAAGCAGAGAUCUGGGAGUCCGGGAGUCCAGGAGACGGACUGAACCGUUUUUACCUUCGUGCGUCCUGCGCGCGCUGAUGGCACAGAGCGCGCGCUGUCCCUUGUAACCAGGUCCUCUGACAGCUGGUGUCGGUGCCGCUGGUUCACGCCGGACACUUGUUGGUCUCCUGGACUCGAUCUGGACCCGGAGACCAAACUGUUUGUUGAGUCUCCGUCCUGGACCGUGGCGGGACCUGAACCAACGCGGGUUCAUCUCCUCGGACUUUACGCGUUUCUCUCCGCUCCUCUGGUUUUGGACCGGUAGGGAGAGGGGAGGGGAGGUUAGGCUGCAAAAGUCUCAUCUCAUGAUGGGACACGGCAGCUGUCAUCUGCCGCGAGGAUGAGCCACAGAAGUAGCCCGGCCAGAGCGUACGACUUCCUGCUCAAGUUCCUGCUGGUGGGAGACAGCGACGUCGGGAAGGGCGAGAUCCUGGCGAGCCUGCAGGACGGAGCCUCCGAGUCCCCGUACGGAUACAACAUCGGAAUUGAUUACAAGACGACCACCAUCCUCCUGGAUGGGAGGAGAGUCAAGCUGCAGCUGUGGGACACGUCUGGUCAGGGACGAUUCUGCACCAUAUUCAGAUCCUAUUCCAGAGGAGCACAGGGAGUUAUUCUGGUGUACGACAUCGCCAACCGCUGGUCCUUUGAUGGAAUUGACAGGUGGAUCAAAGAGAUAGAUGAGCAUGCCCCGGGGGUGCCCAAGAUCCUGGUGGGGAACCGUCUCCACCUGGCCUACAAGCGUCAGGUGACCACGGAGCAGGCGCAGGUGUACGCGGAGAAGCUGGGCGUCACCUUCUUCGAGGUCAGUCCGCUGUGUAACUUCAACAUCACAGAGUCGUUCACCGAGCUCGCCCGAAUCGUCCUGAUGAGACACGGCAUGGAGCGACUGUGGAGGCCCAACAAAGUCUUGAGUCUUCAGGACCUCUGCUGUCGCUCCAUCGUCUCCUGCACCCCGGUCCACCUGGUCGAUAAACUCCCCCUCCCACUGGCUCUCAAGUCCCACCUCAAGUCCUUCUCCAUGGCCAACGGACUCAACGCCCGUAUGAUGCACGGACGCUCCUACUCCGUCACUGCCAACGCCGCCCACCACGGCGCCACCAAGAGGACCGGAGGGACGCUGCUGAAAAAAACCAAACUGAUCCGACCACCGCCGCUCAGCCCGUCUGCACAAAGCUGCAGAAACAGCUGCAAAAUAUCCUAACAGCUAGACACGCUGACUGGAGAUUGUGUCAGUGAACGCACCGUGUGUGACCCAUUUUAGAAGAUGGUGACCAGGUUUGACCCCCUGCUGCUCCCAGAUACUUGUUCCUGCAGAAAAGGAAGAAGUGAAAAUCAAAAUAAAAGCCGUCAGCAGUUUGACUUCACUUACAGGAACACAGAGCUGAAGUUCUGCCACUGUUCAUUAGGGAAGUGCGUUUUCUCACAGAGAGAAACUCAAACAUGGUACUUGAGUUUUGGGGUCUUCACUGGUCCUAAAACCUGAACCUGAUCUGAAAUGGACCUGUAGAAAACCGAGCUGAGGAUGGUUGCAACAGUUUUUGCAUUUCUCUCAGUAACUCAGACCAACCAAACUUUUAUAUAUUAAACUAUUAUGAAGCAUCUGUCUGCUAAUCACCCAUACCAUUUAAAGAUGAUUACAUAUGACUAUCAUUCAUUCGUAUUGAAUGGAAGAAUUCAGAUGUUGUAAUCAACCCCAACCCUAAGGACAGCUGCAACAUAUCAAAAAUACAUUAAAUUAUAAAUUAAAUUAUUAACCGUUUGCUUUUUCACUCAAUGAGCAUAGCAUAGUAUUCUGAAAAUAUGCCUUGUUUGACGAUGCUAUUAUACUAUUAUUUAUUUAUUUAAUCAUUUUCAUCAAAGAACAGUUAUUGAGUUUUGUUUUGCGCAGAAUAUUGAACAGAACAUGAUGAACAGAACAGGCAAAUAUAUUAUAAGGUCAUGAGAGGCUACAAAAUAAUUCCCAAAAUAACUUGUUUGUAUUCUCUUAUGCAUUAAAACGCGCAAUCAUUGUUGCAUCUGUUGCUAUGGGACAAAGUUAGCUGCAUAUUUUGACUGUUUUGACUAUGGUGUGUCUUGUUUUGGCUGCUUAGCCUGGGGACAGUUGCAACAACUUGUUGCAAUGGUCUCCUCCCUGUCAGCCAUGACAGACAUGCUAACCCUGUAAUUUAGUAGUCAGCAAAAUAAAAUACUCAUUUAAAAGCUCGGGACAGUUUGACAAAAAUACACCUCAUUAAAAAAAUUACCUUCAGUGGGAGAAGGGUCUAAGUGAACAUGUGCAGUAUGAGUGUCAUCACUCUAGCAUGUUUCUGAUUGGAGGAAUAAGACUUGUUGCAACCGUCCCCAGUCUCCACUAAAAGCCGUUAUUCUAAUGAUAGCUCAAUCCAGAGGCGAAUUUAUUAUUUCCGGGCUGUAUAGCAGCAGUAAUCACAUCUUGGCACAAGAUCUGAGGUUUGUGCGUGAAGAAACUGUGGAAAACGAAAACUGUUGAUGAACUUUCAUACGGACCAAGAAAUCCACCUGAAAGCUGUUUCAAAGAACAGCUGUUUGCUGGUGUAUGUUGCAUUUCUGGGUCUGUUUUGUUGUUCGAUGUGUUAUUUCCUCACGUGGAUUCAUAGAAGACGUGACAUUAUACCCACAUCAACAGUAAAUGUGUGUUGGUGUCAAAAUUAAAGAACGAAGGCUCUGUCUUUCUGCAGCCACCAUUUUUAAUCUAACAUAUUAAAACCACUGUUGGAAAAGAAAUUGGAGAUUCUGAGAAAAAUGCAAAAUGUUGAGACAAAAAAAAGACAGAAUUUCAAAAUAUAAAUUAUAUCAAAAAAAUUGUCUAGAAAAAAGUUGCAAUCCCAAUUCAAACAUAACGAUAUUCUAUUAUCACAAAUUAAGAUAAUUACAU